AUGCGGAGCUCCGUGUGGCUGUGGAUAACCGACUGGCUACGCAUUGCUCUUCUUGUCUCGUUGCUAUCCGGGCAGGCGGCUGAGUGGGCCAUGGCAGUUCUUCGAGCGGACACAGACACCGCCUAUUCAUACAAUAAAUUCACCCGCCAACUCAAACUCUUCUUCGAACACCCAGCGGGCGAGGCCUGGACGCACAUCGCCCUGGACUUUAUCACUGGCCUGCUGGUUUCAGAAGUAAAAAACCCCAUCUUAACCAUCGUCGACCGGUUCUCCAAAGCAGUGCACCUGGUGGCUCUCCCCUCAGCAAAAAACACUGCUGAGCUGAUAUUGGAACACACUAACGGUCAGACGGAAUGGACUAACCAACAGCUGAAGCGCUACCUGAGAUGUUUUGUUUCUGAUCGCCAGUGCUCCUGGGCCCGCUACCUCACAUGGGCAGAAGUGUCCCACAACCUCCACAUCUCCUCUGCUACCAGUUUAAGCCCAUUUGAGGUUUGCUAUGGUUUCCAACCUCCAAUGUUCACCCACCAAGAACCGGAGGUUGACGUACCAUCGGACCUAAAGUUGGUGCGCAGGUGUCGACGGCUGUGGAAUCAAGCCAACCUCACCAUCCAACAUGCCAUCACCAGUUACAUCUCCCAGCAUCGCCGUCGACACCCUCCGGGACGUUUUCCCGCCUACACUGUGGGACGGAUCCUCAACUCACGCCCUCGGGGCAGAGGUACCCAGUACCUGGUCGAUUGGGAGGGCUAUGGCCCAGAGGAGCAAUCUUGGAUCCCAGCGUGUUUCAUCCUCGACCCCGAGCUCAUUCGGGACUACCGUCAUAGGCUGUCUCUCUCUCUCUCAGACACUCUGAGGUUGGUGGAUGGUGGAAGUCGCUGUGCUGGGAGAGUGGAGGUUCUUUAUGGUGAUCAGUGGGGAACAGUGUGUAAUAAUAGCUGGGAUAUGAGAGAAGCUGCAGUGGUGUGUAGAGAGCUGCAGUGUGGGGAGCCUGUAGACGUGCAGUAUUUCACACACUUUGGACCAGGUUCAGGGCCAAUCUGGAUGGAUGAUGUGGGCUGUAAUGGAUCAGAGUCGACACUGAAGAACUGUAGCUCAGCAGACUGGGGGAGAAAUUACUGUGAUCAUAGUGGUGAUGCUGGAGUCACCUGCACAGACAGUGUAAGGUUGGUGGAUGGUGGAAGUCGCUGUGCUGGGAGAGUGGAGGUUCUUCAGGAGGGACAGUGGGGAAAAGUGUGUGGUGUUAAAUGGAAUAUGGACGAUGCUGCAGUGGUGUGUAGAGAGCUGCGCUGUGGGGAGGCUGUAAAUGCAUCUCAGUACGGUCACUAUAGACCAGGAUCAGGACCAACCUGGAUGUAUAUUGUGGGCUGUAGAGGUUCAGAGUCGACACUGAAGCACUGUAGGUCAAAUAGUACUUUGGAUUGGUGUCUUCAUGGUCUUGAUGCUGGAGUCAUCUGCUCAGGUCACAGAAUGCCGAGACUCAGUUCUGGUCCUCACCAGUGCUCUGGGAGAGUGGAGGUGUAUUAUGGAGGUUCCUGGUCCACAGUGUGUGAUGCUGACUUUGACCAGCAGGACGCAGAGGUUGUGUGUCGAGAGCUGGGCUGUGGGAUUCCUGUUAAGGUGCUGGGAUCAGCUGCUUUUGGCCGAGGGGAGGGUCAGGUGUGGACAGAGGAGCUUCAGUGUAGAGGAAAUGAAUCUGACAUUACCUUCUGUCCAACAUCAUCUUCACUCAAACAUUCAAACUGCUCCCAUGACAACGAUGUGGGAUUAAUAUGUUCUGGUCACACAGAGGCGAGGCUGGUGAACGGACCAGACUCCUGUUCUGGUCGAGUGGAGCUCCAGUACCUCAGUGACUGGGGCACAGUUUGUGCUGUAAACUGGGAUAUGAGAGCUGCAGAUGUUCUCUGUGCACAGCUGGAUUGUGGGAGUGCUGUGGCUGUGGUGGGGGUGGACUGGUUUGGGGAGGGGAGUGGCCACAUCUGGGCUGAUGUGUUUGAUUGUCAGGGGAAUGAGACACACCUAUCACAAUGUGGUGUCUCAUCAUGGAGUCGAGCUGCAUGCUCUCAUAAACACGAUGCUGGAGUCAUCUGUAAUGGAUCAUCCAUGGCGUUUCAUGAGGGGCGAGUGCGGUUGUCUGGGGGGAGCGAGUGUCAGGGGGAGGUGGAGAUUUAUUUUAGGCAGGACUGGAGAAGAGUUCUCCUGGACUCGUGGAGUCUGUCUGAGGCGUCUGUGCUCUGCAGACAGCUGGGCUGUGGCUUUGUGCUGAACUACCGCUCCUCUCCAUCCACCACUAAACACAAACACAUGUGUGUAACGGGUUUCAGCUGCUCUGGGAGUGCUUAUCUGGGAAACUGCAGCGGUGCACAACCUGUCAGCUGCAGCUCUGGGGAACAGCUGUACAUCAACUGCACAGGUAUCUUGAACCGUGCCAUCAGCUCCAUCAGACUGGUUGGUUCUGGGGGAGACUGUGCAGGAAGGCUGGAGGUUUUCCACAGUGGCUCGUGGGGAACAGUGUGUGAUGACUUGUGGGAUAUUGAGAAUGCACAGGUGGUGUGCAGACAGCUGCAGUGUGGAGUGGCCCUCAGUACCCACAUACCAGCCUGGUUUGGUCCUGGAACUGGGUCAAUAUGGCUGAAUGAGGUGGAGUGUGAGGGGAAUGAGACGUCCCUGUGGAACUGCAGAUCUCAGCUGUGUGAAGACAAGGAAUGUGGACACCAGGAGGAUGUAGGAGUUGUGUGCUCAGAGUUUAAAGAGAUCCGACUCACAGAGGGCUGUAAGGGGAAUCUGGAAGUGUUCUACAAUGGAACCUGGGGUAAUGUGUGUCACAAUCAGUUGGAUGAUGAGACAGUAAACAUGGUGUGUCGAGAGCUGAACUGUGGAAGACAUGGCAAUGUGUCAAACACUGAAGCAAGAGUCAAAUCUGCUCCUAACUGGCUGGAUUAUCUGAAAUGUAGGAAACACGACUCUAAUCUGUGGCAGUGUCCAUCUUUACCCUGGGGACAGAACAAAUGUGAUAAUAGUGAUGAAGUGGCUCAUAUUACCUGCACAGAUGAUAAAACUUCUCUACAUGCACAAGAAAAGUGCUCUUCACUUCCCUCUCAGAAACACUGUGCAAAAAGAGCUGCUCCAAAUCCUCCACCAGCUGUAGCUCCACUGACUCCUCCACUGGUUCUCUUUGUGUUGGGAACGCUGCUCUUCCUGGCCUUAGUGUUUCUGGUGGUACUGUUUUACCAAAACAGAGUGCUCAGAAGAGUUGUCUCCAAGACGAGGCGUAAGACUCAGCCUGAGGCAGUCUAUGAGGAGAUCAACCACAGAUACAUCACUAGAAGAAUCACGAGCUCCACUCAAAGAGGAAGUCUCCUCUCUGAAGAACAGCAUUCUGGGUAUGAGCAUGUGGAUGAUGAGCUUCUCUCAGUAAAGUCUGGGAUUGGAGAAAAGGCUGAGUAUUAUGAUGAUGUCAUCGACACCAGUGACUUCAUAAGUGAUACAGGAAGAGUUGAGCCACCAGAGGACUACGAUGAUGCCGUCACUGCUGGACCCAUCGCUGAUAACGUGGAGGAGGAUGAAGCUGAGAAUUAUGAUGAGGCCAUUACAGCUGAUCAGAAGUCAGUUAUACUGACAGAGGACGUGUCCGAGAACUAUGAUGAUGCAGUUACGGCUGAAACAAACACAAACAUCACCACAGACAAUCCAGAAGAUUAUGAUGAUGUCAUCACUGAGGAACAGGAUGGAGGAGAGACAGAAGAAUAUGAUGAGGUGGAGGAGAAAUCUCAGAAAGACAGGGACCAUGUGACUGAGACACGCCCCCAAAGGCCUUUUCUCAGGAAAUUACAUUUCAACUUUUAUAAACACAAACAAUGAUUUGAUUCUACUUCCAAUAAUUUCAUGCAUUCUGAACCAUGUUCAUUUUCUCACCUUGUUAUUAGCAAAUAGAUUAGGGAGAGUUAAAUCAGCUCCAUUAUUACUGAACCAAAUGUUUCCAGCUUUCCUUUUACAACACAUUUCUGACAAUUCAUCUGAAUAUCUUGUCUUUGUAAACAAUAUGCAAGCAAUAUAUACGUCUAGGUUUCAUGCUGUGUGUUUAACUAUAAAACAUAUCAUUGAAAUGAAUGUUUUGUUGCAGUCUCUAUUAGGGAGCUGUGUAUGUUGGAAGUUUCAUUACGGAUUCUCAGAUUUUCAUGUGAAAUUCUCAGGUUUCCUUCAAACUCUCCAAUUUCUUUCUUU